CCCCCCUUCUCUCCUCCUGUUACCAGAAAUCACCACACACUCGAGUGUAGCGUGUGUGCUUAUUCCAUCUGGUCUUCCUAUCGCAUACCCUUCAUACAUACCCUUUCUACCACUUCCCGCCUCCCCUCUUCCCGCCCGCCAUGUCUUCCUUCCUCCGAAUGGGAAGGGUUGCUUCCUCGUCCGGCGCGACUGCUUCUACAAAGGUCGCCGCCGCCGCACCUCUGAUGAGGAGCGCAGUGCUCAGGAGAAACCUGCACGCCUCGCCCGCUUCCCUCGCCCUGCAAAAGUUCACCAUGCCAGCCAUGUCCCCCACCAUGACCGAGGGAGGAAUCGCCCAGUGGAAGAAGAAGGAGGGAGAGACCUUCUCCUCUGGCGACGUUCUUCUGGAAAUCGAGACUGACAAGGCUACCAUGGAUGUAGAGGCUCAAGAUGACGGUGUCAUGGCCAAGAUCAUCGUUGGUGACGGAAGCAAGAACGUUCCCGUCGCAAAGGUCAUUGCCAUCAUUGGUGAGGAGGGAGAUGACAUCUCUGGUGCUGACAAGCUCGCCGCCGAGGCCGAAAACGAGGGAGGCAACACCGGAAAGGACGCUUCCAACCCCAAGGAGGAGAAGCGUGACAAUGAGCCAGAGCAGAAGAGUGAGGAGAAGGAGAGCAAGCCUCAGCAGGAGGAGCCCAAGCAGGAGUCUUCGUCUUCCUCGUCGCAGGCUCCCUCGAGGAAAGAGGGCGAGCGCAUCUUUGCCUCUCCCAUUGCCCGAAAGAUCGCUGGUGAAAAAGGCAUUCCUCUGGGCGACAUCAAGGGUAGCGGACCCAACGGCCGAAUCAUCAAGGUCGACGUGGAGAACUACAAGCCAUCGCAACAAGCAGCAUCCCCCUCUACCUCGGCUCCUUCCCCCUCCGCCUCGUCUGGCCAGGCCGCCCCUGCAUCGGCAGCCGCUCCCUCUGCUGCUCCCUCUUCCACUCCUUACACCGACGUGCCCGUGUCUGGCAUGAGAAAGGUCAUUGCUUCUCGUCUGACCGAGAGCAAGAGCACCAUCCCUCACUACUACGUCUCGAUUGACAUUGAGAUGGACAAGGUCCUGAGGCUGAGGCAGGUCUUCAAUGACGCCUCGGCAAAGAGGUUCAAGGAUGACCCAAAGAAGGCAAAGGAGGCAAAGCUGUCCGUGGGAGACUUUAUCACCAAGGCUGUUGGUGUCGCGCUGGAUGAGGUGCCGGACGUUCGUGCUGGUUGGAUGGGAGACAGCAUCAGGCAGUUCAACGCAUCGGACAUCUCCAUUGCCGUCUCCACCCCCACUGGUCUCAUCACCCCCAUCGUCCGCGACGUUGGCCACCGCGGUCUGACCGAGAUCUCCUCGGAGACCAAGUCCCUUGCCCGCCUAGCGCGCGACGGCAAGCUCAAGUCCGAGCAGUACCAAGGCGGCUCUUUCACCAUUUCCAACAUGGGCAUGUUCGGCACUACUUGGUUCUCUGCGAUCAUCAACCCACCUCAGGCGGCCAUCUUGGCCAUUGGAACCACUCGAUCUGUGCUUGUACCCGAUGUAGAGAGUGAAAAGGGUUUCAGGACAGCACAGGUCAUGAGCGCAACGGCUUCCUUUGACCACCGUGUUGUGGAUGGGGCUACAGGAGCAAAGUGGUGUGAUGCACUCAAGAGGGCUUUGGAGAACCCGCUGAGCUUCAUGCUCUAGAUGAGCACAGCAUGAGAUCGAACGCUCCAUAGGCAUGGCGCCGCGCAAAACGUUUCCGCAUAAGAGGGCGAGAAGCGUCCUUGCAUUUGAAUCAUCUACUGGAGCAAGAGUCUGAGCUGGAGCAGGAGCCAGAGCAAGAGCUGGAGUAGGGAAGCAGAAGUAGAGAAGAUGGAGCGGGAGCGGUACAGAGCGGUACGCAGCGGACAAAGAGGAGAAAGAAGGGGAGACGAGGGCUGCAGAGUCUCCCUUUUUUUGUCCCCUCACAACUUGUUUUUGAUCUUUCUUUUGAAUCGAAAAAAA